AUAAGGGUAAAAGAAGAAAGUGCUAAAUUUGGUUUGAAGCUAAAUGUAAAGAAAACUAAAGUAAUGUCAACUAAAGAGUUAAAAGAUUUCAUUGUGGAUGGUGAAAGAAUUGAAGUGGUAGAAAGUUACAUACUUUUGGGCUCAAAGAUAGAAAGGAAUGGAAGUUGUGAAGGAGAAAUCAGGAGGAGAAUUAAUCUUGGCAGAACAGCCAUGGCAAAUCUCACCAAGAUAAUGAAAGAUAAAGACAUUUCCAUUCAUACUAAGAAAAUAAUUGUAGAAGCAAUGGUUUUUCCUGUAACAUUAUAUGGCUGUGAAAGCUGGACUCUAAGGAAAAAGGAAAGAAAAAUGAUAGAUGCAUUCGAAUUAUGGGUAUGGAGAAGAUUACUUAGAGUUCCAUGGACAGAAAAGAAAACAAAUAUCUCAAUUUUAGAAAAAAUUAAGCCAAGCUUCUCCUUACAGUCAAGAAUUUUAAAACAAAAAUUGACCUAUUUUGGACAUGUGAUGCGUAAAGAAGUUUCCCUAGAGAAGACUAUUAUGCUGGGAAAAGUGGAAGGUAGAAGGAAGAGGGGAAGGCAACGGAUAAGAUGGAUAGAAAAAAUAGAAAAAGUCACAGAAAUGAAGCUGGAGGAGCUACGAGAAACAACAAGGGAAAGAUCAAGAUGGAGAAGACUCCAUGAAGUCACCAGGAGUCGACGACGACUCGAUGGAACUUAA